CGCGGUGAGCACCAUGUUCAUAGUUUUCGUGUGCACGCGGCUCAUCUGUGCGAGAAUCCACCUCAGGAACUCACGAAUGUCGCUUCCUACUGACGCCUCCAGAUCUGACCUUGGCAUUGUUGGUUCGUUUGCUCUGGAACGUGGGAUCCAUGGCUUGGAACCAGUUACAGUUGCUAGUUUUCCAACAAAGAAAUUUGGGGCUCAUCCUUUUUCUUCUGGACAAGACACACAGUGUACAGUGUGUCUUGCAGAAUACCAAGAGAAGGAUGUCUUGCGCAUUCUACCUUUUUGUGGGCACACUUUCCAUGUCAUUUGCAUAGAUAUAUGGCUGAAACAACAUUCAACAUGCCCUGUCUGUAGAAUUUCCUUGCGAGAUUCUCCCGAUAGAAAGCGCUCCAUGCAGCCUCUCUACUGUCCUCCCGCCAGGUCCUUUUCUCCGUCUGAAACUCUUGGUUCAGAUCCGUGCCAGUCCCAGUUCUCAGAGUCCGUUUUUUCUGUAAGAGCCGGAGAAACCCAGAGAACUGUAUCUCAUUAAGACGACCAGUUUGUGUAAUUAUCACGCAGUCAGGCGAGAAAUCCUUCGUGAACUUGAAGUUAACUGUUCCACGCCAAGAGAAGAAAAUCUGAAGACCCGACCAAAUUCUUUGGCUCGCAAAUGUUAGGAAACCUGCAUGCUUGUGAUUGAUUUCCAUGCAUUUAAAUAGCAUUCAAAAUUUCAGAAGCUAACAGCAAAGCUCCUGUUGCUCAAAUUCUUCUUUUCAUUUGUUCGACGCAUGUAAAAUAAUAGUGAAUUUUGGGUAGCUUGAUAUCUAGUCAGGAAUCUGUCCUCCUUGAAUCAAUCUGGGUGUUUUUAGAAUACCGUUAAGUUGGUCAAGUGAACAACCCUAUUGAACCUCAGAUGCUUGAAGAUAAAAAGAUUAAACUAUGGAGAUGUGUUCUCUGGCAAAACCAAGAGUGAUCAGAUGAGCUAAGUUUCUCCUAUCCCUGCAG